AUGACGCGAUUCAAGACAAGAUCUAAUGGCCUCGGUGUACAGGUUGAGGAUACUCAAAUCUGCGUGGUAAUGGUCGGUCUUCCUGCAAGAGGAAAAUCGCUCAUUGCUCAAAAAGCUCAACGUUAUCUCAAAUGGUUAUCCAUCGAUGCUCAAGUUUUUAACGUCGGUAACUAUCGUCGAAAUGCAACCCCAAAUCCGACUGCCGAUUUCUUCGAUACAACCAAUACAGAGGGCGAACGGAUGCGUAGAGCUGCCGCUGAAGCUGCCGUCAAUGAUAUGAUCGAUUGGUUCAAGAAUAAACAAGGAAUUGUUGCCAUUCUCGAUGCUACGAACAGUACAAAAGAACGCCGGAGAUGGAUCAAAGACCGUUGCGAUGCCGAAGGAAUCGAGACCCUCUUUGUCGAAUCGAAAUGCGACGAUGAAGAUUUGAUCAUGUCAAACAUUCUAGAAGUCAAGACAACAUCCCCAGACUACGCCGGCUCAGACCCGGAAAAGGCAGCUCAAGACUUUAGGAAUAGGAUCAAGAACUACGAGAAGGUUUACGAGACGAUUGACGACGAAGAGAGUGAUCUUACUUAUCUGAAGAUCAUGAAUGUUGGAAAACAAGUCAUCAUCAAUCGAAUUCAAGACUAUCUUCAGAGUCGCGUGGUUUAUUACUUGAUGAAUUUACACAUUAAGCCGAGAUCUAUUUGGCUGUCACGACAUGGAGAGUCUAUGUACAAUCUCGAAGGAAAGAUUGGUGGUGAUGCCGAGUUAUCCCCUCGUGGAGAGAUGUAUGCCAAGAAAUUGCCUUCAUUAGUACUCGAAUCAGUAGGAGACAAUCGCCCUUUAACGGUCUGGACUUCAACUCUUCGUCGCACUAUCGCCACUGCUCGUCACCUUCCCAAUGAGUAUAAUCAGCUUCAAUGGAAAGCACUCGAUGAGCUCAACUCUGGUGUUUGUGAUGGACUUACUUAUCAAGAUAUCAAAGAGCGAUAUCCAGAUGAUUUCGAGGCCCGUGACGAGGAUAAAUACAACUACAGAUAUCGUGGAGGAGAGUCUUACCGCGAUGUUGUUAUUCGUCUCGAACCCAUUAUCAUGGAAUUGGAGCGAUCAGAGGAUAUUUUGAUUGUUACUCACCAGGCUGUUCUUCGUUGCAUCUACGCCUAUUUUAUGAAGAAGCCCCAAGAUGAAUCACCCUGGAUGGCUGUACCUCUUCACACCCUCAUUAAGCUCACCCCGCGUGCGUAUGGUACAGAAGAAGUACGUUACGAUGCACAGAUCCCUGCUGUCAGUACUUGGCGUGGUAAGGGUAGUGUUGCAAAGCAUGAAGACCCUAUUCCUGCUUCGGAUAUUGCAACUAAAGUUGGUAUGUAUUUUUACGCCUAUUUCAAGAAUUUCGCUCAUACCUUUAAUAGUGGCAGACAUUAA